AUCCAGGCGAUUCCAGCGGAGGAGUAAAGAUGGCUGACAACGGCGGCGCAGAUCCUGUGAAUAACAACAAUAAUACAACUGUUGCUUCCGAAGGAACUAUUAUUAAGGUUACAGUCAAAACCCCGAAAGAUAAGGAAGAAAUCGCGAUCUCAGAAGAUGCAUCUGUCACCCAGUUUAAGGAAGAGAUAUCGCGGCGGUUCAAAGCGAAACAGGACCAGUUGGUUCUCAUUUUUGCAGGGAAGAUCUUAAAGGAUGGCGACUCACUUAACCAACACGGGAUCAAGGAUGGCUUGACUGUCCACUUGGUCAUCAAGACAGCACAGAAGGCAACAGAUGGUGCAAGUUCACAGGCGUCCUCCUCAAACUCCACCCAGGCAGGAGGUGGCAGUGCCUCCAGCCCCAGUCCAGCCUCCCAUCCCUCCUCCACAGGAGGCACCCCUGGAGGCCCAGCCUCAGCCCCAACACAGACCCCCAACAUCCUGACUGGCUUUGGAGACCUGUCCAGCCUGGGAGGCCUGGGCAUGGGCUCUGCUAACUUCAUGGAGCUACAGCAACAGAUGCAGAGGCAGCUCAUGUCCAACCCAGAGAUGCUGUCUCAGAUCAUGGAGAACCCUCUGGUGCAGAACAUGAUGUCCAACCCUGACCUGAUGAGGCAGAUGAUCGUGGCCAACCCCCAGAUGCAGCAGCUGAUGGAGCGUAACCCUGAGAUCUCCCACAUGCUCAACAACCCAGAGCUCAUGAGACAGACCAUGGAGCUGGCCCGAAACCCUGCCAUGAUGCAGGAAAUGAUGCGUAACCAGGACCGAGCGCUUAGCAACCUGGAGAGCAUCCCUGGGGGCUACAACGCCCUAAGAAGGAUGUACACGGACAUCCAGGAACCCAUGUUCAGCGCAGCCAGAGAACAGUUUGGCAACAACCCCUUCUCAGCCCUGGGGGGCAACUCGGACGGUUCGGGCGUGCAGCCGUCCAGGACUGAGAACCGCGAGCCCCUGCCUAACCCCUGGGGCCCCCCCAACGCCGCCAACCCCUCGGAGAGCGGGGGGGGCACCACGGGAGGCCCAGGCGCCACCACCACCGCCGCCGGUGGCACCACCCCGUCCGUGUCGAACCCUCUGGGGAUCAACGCAGCCAGCCUGGGAAACGGGAUGUUCAACAGUCCCGGCAUGCAGAGCCUAAUGCAGCAGAUCUCGGAGAACCCCCAGCUGAUGCAGAACAUGCUGUCUGCUCCGUACAUGCGCAGCAUGAUGCAGUCCCUGUCUCAGAAUCCUGACGUGGCUUCCCAGGUACUGAUGAAUAAUCCCCUGUUUGCUGGAAACCCACAGUUGCAGGAACAGUUCAGACACCAGCUGCCAGUGUUUUUGCAGCAGAUGCAGAACCCAGAGUCCCUGUCGGUGAUGACCAACCCCCGAGCCAUGCAGGCGCUCAUGCAGAUCCAGCAGGGCCUGCAGACGCUGCAGACAGAGGCACCAGGACUCAUGCCCGGCUUGGCGCCAGGUGGGAUCCCCGGCAUGCCCUCGACCCCCCUCCCCACGACCCCUCUGCCCACCGGAGGGGGCGUGGUCCCGGAGAACCCCGCCUCUUCGCCGGGCGGCGGGGCUAGCCCCUCCCAGCAGCAACUGAUGCAGCAGAUGCUCCAAAUGUUUGCCGGAGCCGGAGGAAGUGCACCGACCCAGACCCCAGAGGUGAGGUUCCAGCAGCAGCUGGAUCAGCUGAGCGCCAUGGGCUUCAUCAACCGCGAGGCCAACCUGCAGGCGCUCAUCGCCACCGGAGGAGACAUUAACGCUGCCAUCGAGAGACUGCUGGGCUCACAGCCCUCAUAAAGACACACGCACACCCACGCACACACGUAACACAUACAUCCACCUUAGUGGGCAAGUUGGGGGGGGGGGGAGGGGAAGGGCCAACAUUACAUACACAUGCACGCUCACACACAAGCACACAUGAUAUCUCCAGAGAACCAAGAGAAAUUAAUCGAAUCCCAAACCCACUCGAGGCAAGACCUGGGCAGGAUAUGUAACAACCUAACUCCACCGCUUCUUGUCAAGUCAUUCCCCUUAACAAAACAGCAGCAGCUCCCCCAUCACUUCAUGUUGGCGUCAUCCAGAGAGAGCUCUCCCCAGGCCAUUGCAGCAGAGCCGGACUAAACCACUCCUCCUGAGGGGUGGCCCGAUGCAGAGAUCCUGACAAAAGGCACAGUUUUGCCUCCCGACCCUCAUCCAGCAUUGAGAUUCCUAACAGUUGAUUUGCUUUUCCUCUUCCUCCGAUAAAGCGUGGGUUUAUCAAAUAGGACGGCACGUUGCAGACAGACAUAUAGAGUAGCAAUGACUCGGCUCCAUUACUUAAUGCUUGGACAUGAUUCCCUUCUAUACAUUGUAUUUCUAUGAAGUUGGGGAUGUUCCUUCCUGUUGAAUAGAUGCAAUGGUGAGCUGAUGAAGGAGGCGGAGGAGAGGAGGACUAAAUCAAGAGUGAAAACUCAAAUCGCUCCAGCGUACUACCCCCGCUCCCCUCCCUCCCCCUCCUUCCAGAGUCGAGCUAGAGACGCUAGCUGCUCCUCUAUUUAUUGCAAGCGCUUGAGAAGAAGUCCACCCUCCUCCCACCACAGUUGUGAUUUGUCAUUCCAGAUAACGGUGUAUUCUUUUCAGCCACUACUGCUGUUCCUUCUGUCUCCUCCGGCCCUUUAAGACCUUUGGCAUCCUUCUCCUUGGUUCAAUUGCAAUCCAAUUAUAAAUACACGGUUGGGUGUCAGCAGUGACUUCACACAAACGCAUGCGGCCUGAGAUGUUUUGUGGCCACGUCACCAUCGAAUCAGUUGUCAUCAAGUGGUCGAUCCGAGACAGAAGACAGUCUUUCCUUUCAUUUUAAUCGGGUUAUUCAUAAUGUAUUUUAAUUUGAGGUGCAAAGUAGUACCUAGAGGUGAUCUUGUUUUGGUCUCAUUCAAAAUCUCCUGGGAAUGAAUGCAUUGAAUAUUAUGGAAAUGCUUUACUAUGUUCCCUGUAUGGCUGGCACACAACCAUACCCUCUGUUGUAAAUGAAGUUCUAGGUAAUACUUUCUUGGAGAAUCUCAGCAUCGUAGUUGUGGUAACCUUGGCAAUGGCUUCCAUAGCUGUGCUUUGUCUGUUGGCCUCAGCUGAAAACAUCCAUUUCCCGAUUCAACAUGUUGGAAACUAACUUUUAACAGUACUGUACUAAAAUAAUAAAGUUGGUCAAGAAGA